CCAGCCACGUCCAACCCCUAUUUGCCUACUUUCGUUUAACACGAACCGCUAUACGGCCAUAUGGGGCGCAUGAUCUCCGCAGCUAACGAACAUGCUGUUUAGCGGCCCCUUCAGCUCGCCUCGGCGCUAGGAGGCGUAUUGGUUAGUGCGGGACCCUCUCCUCUCACGAAGUGCCCCCAGCGCCCGGGCACGAUCGAGGCACAGCUCAAUCAGGACACAAGUGUAAGAUUCGCUGCCUCUUUCUAUCGCGCAGUCCAAUCGACCUGCUCACUUUGGGCUCGUGCUUACGCGCGUGCUACGUUGUGUUUGUUGCAAGUGCCCCUCGGGCUCCAGCCUCAGAGGCGCAGGGCCGGUACCUUCCUUUUCCUUCAAAUACCCCUCUUUCCGUGUUCACAUUCACCGCAAUGUUUCGUUCCUCGUUUCCGUGAAGCAUACCCAGCUCAAGAUGGCCGACGACACUCCGUGGGGAAGACGCCUCGUCAUCUGCUGCGACGGCACAUGGCAGUCCAGCGCCAGCUUUAAGGACAACGUCCCUUCCAACGUCACCAAAUUGUGCCGCGUUAUAUCCCGCAUUGGCACCGACGGCCACGACCCGAAGAAGAAAUGGCACCAAAUCGUCUACUAUGACGGCGGCGUCGGCACAGGCAACCUGAGCGCCUCGGAGCAGCGACGGCAAGGCGGCACAGGAGCAGGCUUAGCGGAGAACGUGAUCGAAGCGUACAACUUCAUCGUUCUGAACUACGAGCCCGGCGACGAGAUCUUCUGCUUCGGCUUCUCCAGGGGCGCCUACACGGCGCGCGCAGUAGCGGGCUUGGUCACCGAUAUUGGCGUCCUGAAGCCCAUCCACAUGCAGGUCUUUCCGGAGAUAUACCGCGCCUACAUGACGAACGAUGAGGGGCUUCCGUUCCGCGAGACGCAGGCUUGGCAGGAUUUUAUCAAGGGCAAGCUGACAAUGCGUGGUCAAGAGCUGAGCAGGACGAGUGGUGGGAUCCAGGGCAUCCAGGAGAGGGCACAGAGCUGGGAGAUCAAUCCUCACCACAAUUUGAUCGCCAGCGAGGAGAGCAGGAAGGUUAAGGUGGUGGGCGUUUGGGACACGGUUGGCAGCUUGGGCGUUCCGGAUGUUGCGUGGUUCGACAACGAGAAGUACAGAACUAAGUACGGCUUUCAUAACGUGAAGCUAAACGAGAAUAUCGAGCACGCGUAUCAUGCGCUGGCUUUGGACGAGCGCCGCAAAGCCUUCCGACCGACGCUCUGGUACAUCCCUAAAGAUCUCCAGGCAAGACUCGCGAAAGAAGGCAAGCCCAUGCCCGAACUGAAGCAAGUUUGGUUCCCAGGGGUACACAUAAAUUGCGGCGGCGGCUCUGACGACUGCAUCAAAGACAUGAAAGGAGACCUCGAGCACCUCUCCACCGCAACCUUCACCUGGAUGCUCCAAUGCAUCGCCCCGCACAUCACCAUCGACCAGGCCCAGUUCAAAGCCUGGCUAGCGCAGUACGAGCGCUGGCUCGAGAAAGUCCGCUACUCCUGCACCUACCACCACGACACCUGGCUCGACUGGGCCAAGAACAAGAUCCCCACCAUCCCGCUCCUCAACCCCGCGGAAAGUGAGCUCGCGCCGCCGAAGCGCGACCCGCCGCACACGCACCCCGGCUUCGACUACGGCUGGGGCACUGGCCCUAUCGUGGACUCGUACGGCGGCAUCUACCUGCUGAACGGCGAGCUGCGCCGCGUCCCGGGGCACUGCCAGGCUGAGAUGUUCGACCUCGCGAGCGGCGAGACGAAGCUCGACGAUAUCAACAAGUACGGCGAGACGAACGAGUACAUCCACCCCAUCUGCGAGUAUCGCAAGAUCAUCCGCGGAGCCGAGGAUAACUCCGCGCUGAAGAAGUUCACGCGCAAGUGGGAGAAGAGCGAUGGGAAGGGCCGCUUCUGGUGGUAUCGAGAGGGCGAUCCGAAGCCGGUGCCGGAAUGGGUCAUUCUGAGGCAUGUGGACGGGGAGGUCAACUUUGAGAGGACGUGGUAUGAGCAGUGUGAGAAGACGGAGAAGAUGCUGGGGACGCUGAAGAAGGCGAAGUAUGAGAAGGACUUCUUGGCGGCGUUGGAUGAGGUGAAUGAUUUCAAGGUUGGGGAGAGGGAGGGCUGGGUGUAUCCUUGAGGUUGCGUGGGGUGUUUAUGCAGGUCACGGGUGUCCUUCGAAAACUGGAGUCUCGAGAAUUCUGUAUUCGCUGUCUAUCGCUGAAGAGACUGUCCAGACAAAUCUAAAAUGAAAAUGAGCGCUUAUCCGUAUCUUCGCAACGCCAACCAUUCUCCAGACACCCCCGCUACGUCAACAGCAACUUUCU